AGGCAGAGUGGGCGGGGGAGAGGGCAGCGGCGGGGCAGGGAGGAUGUUUUUCUGCGCGGGAGCUCGAACCUUAUUUUGCACCGGGUAUAAAGACUCUAGCCCAUGUUCGGAUCUCUUGUCUCCCUAAAUCUUCCCCGCCCCCCAAAGUCCUCUGUCACUCCCUCGUGACUGUCACGCGCCCCCGACCACUAUGACUGGCGCGCUCACAAACGGUUUCCUCAACGGCGACCACAUCGUCAACGCUCCCGACUCCCCCGCAACACCCAUUGACGACAGCACCAUUGCCGACAUCAAGAUCGACGUCGACGCUCCCGCUGCAGAUAGUGAUUUGAGGCAUGAGCCUGUGUCUAUGAAAAUAGACGGUAUAGAGCAGUUAAGAGACGCGUCAAUUGUGCCCGAGCUAGAGACCCCUGUCGAUCCAGCCUCUAUUCCGAUUGCUCCCCCGAAGGGCACCCCUCCACCCCAAACGGGCGAUCUUUUGGAAGAGGUCAAAACGGCCGAGGCUCCUGCUGCCGUCGAUGGCGACGUGCACAUGGAAGAUGUGCCACCCGCACCUGCUACUGUGAACGGGGACGUUCACCCGUCUCAGGAGGAAGUCUCUCCCACUGCCACUACUGGCUCUGCCACUAUCCCCGCUGUAUCGUCGAGCACAACUGCUGUGGACUCUCUUGCUGCCUCUUCUCCGUAUUCUAAUAAUAUUUCCCCUAAUGACGAUGAUGAUAAACCUCCUCCUGCUAAGCGUGCUCGCAAGUACUCGGACGCCGAAAGGGCCUCUAUAACAAACACUGCAACUCCACCUCCAGCGACGCCCUCCCCCGUACCUGUUCCGAACGGCCCUGUAUCUGAUUUGGGGCCGCCCACUCUUAGCGUUGCUCAGUGGCGAUUCUGUACAUCGACCGUUCGCACACUCAAGAAACUCAAGGAUGCUGCGCCCUUCCUCCACCCGGUUGACCAUGUCGCACUGAAUAUCCCUCAUUACCCCACUAUCAUCAAGCAUCCGAUGGACUUUUCCACCGUUGAUCGCAAGCUGGCUUCUUCCAAUCCCACCAAGCCUGACCCGAAUCCCGCAAACCCUCGCUACAGUAAUGCUGACGAGUUUGUCACUGAUGUCCGUCAGAUAUUCUUCAACUGCGUCACGUUUAAUGGUCCAGACCAUGCUAUCACGGCUAUGGGCAAACGUGUUGAAGCAGUGUUUGACAAGCAGAUCAAACAUAUGCCACCGCCGGAAGAGGUGAAGCCUGUAGUUGUGAAGAAGCCUUCUCCUCCUCCCCCACCUCCUGCUGCCGUAAAGAAACCUGUACGAAAGCCGUCAACAUCUGUCCCUGUUAUCAGACGGUCGGACUCGGAAAUAGUUGGUCGUCCGAAGCGCGAGAUACACCCACCGCCGCCAAAAGACCUUCCUUAUGCUGACGCACCUAAGAAGAUGCGAAAGACAAGGGUGCCGAAGAACGGUGCUAUCGCCGAGCAAUUGAAGUUCUGCGACAAGGUCCUAAAGGAUCUGCACAAGAAAACGCACUACAAUAUUGCUCAUCCAUUCUAUGAGCCAGUCGAUUGGAUCAAGCUGGACAUCCCUAGCUAUCCGAAGAUCAUCAAGAGACCGAUGGACUUGUCGACGAUGCGGAGGAAGCUCGUAGAUGGCGAGUAUUCGUCGGCUGAGGCCUUCCGUGACGACUUCAAACUCAUGAUCAAGAAUUGCUACACGUUCAAUCCUGUCGGUACGCCGGUCAACACGGCGGGUCGUGAACUCGAGCGUCUUUUCGACGAAAAGUGGAAGAAUCUACCCCCUCUUUCGCAGGAGAUGAGCGAAGAAGAGGAGGAAGAGGAGGAGGAAUUAGAGGACGAUCAAGCUCGCAUUGCUGAACUAGAGAGUCAGAUCGAAAACAUGAACCGUGCAUUGGAAGGGCUCAAGAAGAGUAAGGUGAAGGAGAAGAAAGAGAAGAAGAAGGAAAAGCGGGAAAAACCUCCAGUGCCGUCGACAUCGAAAGCGGCACCUAAGCCGUCGAAGGCUCCAGCGGCCAAGCCCGGCAAGAAGACUGGCAAGAAGCCUGUUACUGACGACGACGUAUUGUCGUUCGAGCAGAAGAAGGACCUCAGCGAUACUAUCGCGAAGCUCGACGGUGCUAAACUUGAGCGUGUCAUUCAGAUUAUUCACGAAGGUGUUCCGGAAAUUCGAGACGUACGUUCAUCUUCCUUUUCAGUAAACGACUCUAUCUUACCUACUCUUUCUCAGAGCACGGAAGAGAUCGAACUCGAGAUCGAUCAGCUACCAGCAUCGGUGCUCACCAAGCUCUAUAACUUCGUCAUUCGUCCAAUGCGUCCACCUCCCGCGAAACGUGCACGUACGGGCAAGGGUACAGGCACUGGUGGCUUGAAACGCAAGAGCAUGGAUGAAGAUGUUGAGGCCGAGAAGAUUCGUGUGCUCGAAGAGCGCAUGGCGCUUUUCGAAGGCGGCAAGCCUUCUGCUGCAGCCUCGCAACGGCCACCUGUUCGACACGAAGAAUAUGAUCAGUCAUCAGAUUCGAGUACGGACGGUGACAGUUCGGGUAGUGAUUCGGAGUGAAGGGUUAUCUUCUUGCGUUUCUUUCUGUCGGUGUGUCGUUGCGUUCGUCCACCUUGCGGACCCUUGCUUUUUAUUUCUGAUUCCAGUUUGUGUUCAAAAUUACCUCAAUACUUAUGUAGUUAGUAGUUGUACUGUUGUUCAUAUCUUUCUCUUGUUCUCGAACUUGCUCACACAUACAUAGAUCGAAUGAGUAUGACAAUGUGUAAUGUCGUGCGGUGAAGUACAGUUAAUAUACAUGGGUAAAACAAGUGG